UCCGAACCUCCAGCUCCUCUGAUUACAGCCCGGUGACACGCGGCCCGCGUCACGUGACCUGCAGACAAUAGGCCGCCAUUAGCGCGGGAAACAGAUCAGAGGUUAGAGGUCAUCGGAAGCCGAGGGGCGUGCUCUGUGAGGGCGGGGCGUGGCUAAGGAGCGGGCGGUAUAAGAGCGGCUCCCGGCGCGGGGGAUACGAUCUGCCAUCUUCUCCCCUCACUCUCAGCAGGCGGCCCUCCAGUCAGUGAAUAGCGGCAACAUGACCGACGAGGCAACGGCGCUGCCGGAAGAGAAGAUGGAAGAAGUUCCUGCUCCUUCAACAUCUGCAGAACAAGUUGAUGGGGCUGACGUGGAUGCAGAAGCCAAGAGGCUGAUGGCUGUGGGUAGCCGAGACCUGGUCAUGAAGGACAUCCGCUCUGCCGUCAACGCCUUCCAGGAAGCCAGCAGUCUUCUGGGGAAGAAAUACGGGGAGACGGCCGACCAGUGUGCAGAUGCCUUCUACUACUAUGGGAUGGCUCUCCUGGAGCUUGCACGAAUGGAGAACAAUGUCCUGGGUAACGCUCUGGAGGGAGUGCCAGAAGAGGAAGAUGAAGAGUCUGAUAAGGACCCCAAUAUCCCCAGUGCCUCCAACCUCAAUGAGAAAGAAAGGGAUGAGUUAAGAGAGCAGGUAUAUGAUGCCAUGGCCGAAAAGGAUGAGAAUGGGGACUCCAAAGAGGCAAAGGCUGAGGAAGAGAAGGCAGAAGAGAUGGAGUGUGAGACAUCCUCUGAUGCUGCAGAGGUGAAAGACAAGGCUGAAGGAGAAUCUGCAGAAGUGGAAAAAGCCACUGGAGCAGAAGGCAAACCAGAGUCCUCGUCUGAAGCUGCGGGUGAAAAGGAGAGCAAGACUGAAGCUGCGGGUGAAAAGAAGGAGAGCAAGACUGAAGCUGUGGGUGAAAAGGAGAGCAAGACUGAAGCUGCGGGUGAAAAGGAGAGCAAGACUGAAGCUGUGGGUGAAAAGGAAAGCAAGACUGAAGCUGCGGGUGAAAAGGAAAGCAAGACUGAAGCUGUGGGUGAAAAGGAAAGCAAGACUGAAGCUGUGGGUGAAAAGGAAAGCAAGACUGAAGCUGUGGGUGAAAAGGAAAGCAAGACUGAAGCUGUGGGUGAAAAGGAAAGCAAGACUGAAGCUGUGGGUGAAAAGGAAAGCAAGACUGAAGCUGUGGGUGAAAAGGAAAGCAAGACUGAAGCUGCGAGUGAAAAGAAGGAAAGCAAGACUGAAGCUGUGGGUGAAAAGAAGGAAAGCAAGACUGAAGCUGUGAGUGAAAAGAAGGAAAGCAAGACUGAAGCUGUGAGUGAAAAGAAGGAAAGCAAGACUGAAGCUGUGAGUGAAAAGAAGGAAAGCAAGACUGAAGCUGCGAGUGAAAAGGAAAGCAAGACUGAAGCUGCGGGUGAAAAGAAGGAAAGCAAGACUGAAGCUGCGAGUGAAAAGAAGGAAAGCAAGACUGAAGCUGCGAGUGAAAAGAAGGAAAGCAAGACUGAAGCUGCGGGUGAAAAGGAGGGCAAGUGUGAGGCUGAAGCCGUAGGUAAAAAGGGCAAGACUGAAGCUGCAGAGAAGAACAAAACCAAUGAGGGGGAGGCCGACUCUACACAAGGACCUGAAGAGAAGCCUGAAGGAAUGGAGGACUCUGAAGCUGCUGCCAAACCUGAGGAAACCACUGCAGAAGAGGAAGACAAAACUGAAGGUGAUGAGGCAGAGCCAAUGGAAGGGGAAGAAGGAAACGGAGAGGAAGGAUCAGAAUCUGAUGAGAAUGAAGAGGCAGAGGAGAAGGAAAAUGAGGAGGAAGAAGUCGGCAACCUGCAGCUGGCCUGGGAGAUGCUGGACCUGUCGAAGAUCAUAUUUAAGAGGCAUCCGGACAAGGCCUCUCAGCUGAAGGCAGCUCAGGCUCAUCUGAAGCUGGGAGAAGUCAGCAUAGAGUCCGAGAACUACACCCAGGCAGUGGAAGACUUCCUGGCAUGUCUGACCAUCCAGAAGGAGCAUCUAGAAGAGCAUGACCGGCUGCUGGCGGAGACACACUACCAGCUGGGCCUCGCCUAUCAGUACAGCUGCAAACAUGAGGAUGCCAUCUCUCACUUCACACAGUCCAUAGAUACAAUAGAGAAGAGACUAGCCGUCCUCACAGAACUGGAGAAGGCUUCAGAGGAGUCCAAGGAAGAGACCCAGAAGGAGAUGGAUGAACUGAAGGGUCUACUGCCUGAUAUCAAGGAGAAGAUUGAAGACUCCAAAGAAGCACAGAAAACUGCAGAAGACACAGACAAGGCACUAAAAGAGACCCUGGGUGAAACUUCCUCUGGAUUUCCAAAAGAGAACGGCGGCACUUCUUCUUCUUCUACAUCAGCUGCCGCAGCGGAGAAGAGCGGGGACUGCACUGUACCAGCAACCAACUGUGUGUCUGACAUCUCUCAUCUAGUACGGAAGAAGGUAAAUAGGAAACCGGAGGAGGAAAGUCCCCUGAAAGACGCCAAGAAGCCCAAGCCAGAGCCUGUUGAGAAUGGGUCUGGGAGCGGUGACGCUGUGGUGCCCACAAAUGAGAAGGCAGAGGCCGAGAACGAGACUCCCAUGGAGACAGCCGCAGUGGAGAGCACUGCAUGAUGACUACCUCACCACAGACUCUGUACAUAUUUUUCCACUUUUGAUUUUGAGCAUCUUUUUGUAAAACAAAAUAAAGAAUGGAAUAAAAACCUUUUUUUUGUA